CAUAAUGUGCACGAUAAUAUUUCUACCUUUAUUUUUUGCGCUUCACGUUUCUGCUACGAUAAACGAGAAUUCACUUCUGACGACAACUGGAAAUUCUGAGCAAACAGCAAAAACCGCAGAAUGCGUUUUAAAACUCUCCGCUAAAUAUUUCGUGGAAAAGAAAGCUUUAAGCGGCAGCAUCGUGAUAAUCAACAUCAACUCCUAUGCUUCCACGACACAAGUGCUAUUGUUGCAAACCAUCCACGGAGGCAUUAAGUACUCCGUGAUGGUAAAGGAUUCUUUUUAUCCACACGCGAACGCAUCCCAUUUUCCUGAGAAAGCCAAAAAUUAUAUGCUGAUUUUAGAAGAGAAAUCCGAACUAACGAGAAACAUACUGCAGCUAAACAAAUUGCCCACUUGGAAUCCAUUAGCCAAAGCCAUUGUAUUUUAUCAGCUGAAUAAAACUGAGGACGCCGAGCAGACAGCCAUUGAAUUUAUAAACGAAUUGCGUCAUUACAAACUUUUCAAAAGCAUUAUAUUCAUAUAUUCUCCCGAGGAGAAAGAAGUUAUUUCUUACACUUGGACUCCUUAUAGUGACACAAAUUGCGGAGGAAAAUGUGAUUCGGUAUACAUUUUAGAUAAAUGUAAGGAUAAUGUCAUCCACGAAUUAGCAACACAGAAGGAAAUGUUUCCUUUAGACAUGAAAGGUUGUCCAUUAGUGACUUAUGCUAUUGUUUCGGAGCCGUAUGUAUUGCCACCGGCAAUGAAACUAUCUAACACAAGUUAUAACGAUGCUUAUGUUUUUCAAAAAGGUGGAGAAAUAAACUUGGUCAAGAUAAUAACUCAAUUUACAAACAUGAGCCUUGUUAUGAGAACCUCAGAUGUACCUGAAAAUUGGGGGAACGUUUAUUGGAAUGGUACCGCCACUGGAGCGUAUGGCGUGUUGCGCGAUGAUGAGGUAGACAUGGUGAUAGGCAAUAUAGAAGUGACUAGAACAAUUAGAAGGUGGUUUCAUCCUACUGUGAGCUACACGCAAGAUGAAAUGACUUGGUGUGUACCUAAAGCAGGGCAAGCGUCAACAUGGAAUAAUUUGGUGAUUAUUUUUCAAUGGUCGACAUGGGUAGCCACCUUCGGCAGUUUGUUCGUAAUGGGAUUAUUGUUCCACUACAUGUAUUAUAGAGAAAAUAAUCAAAAAGUCACUAAAUGGCCAACAAAUUCCCUGUUAAUGACCUUUAGCAUGUUAUUAGGGUGGGGCGCAUCGUUCGAGCCGAAGAGCGCCACGUUCCGGAUUCUGAUCUUCGGUUGGCUCUGCUUCAGUGUAAACAUGGGGAUUUCCUACGAAUCAUUCCUGCGGAGUUUCCUAAUGCACCCGCGCUUCGAAAAGCAGAUAAGCACCGAGACUGAUCUGAUACAGUCAAGAAUUCCUUUGGGAGGCAGAGAGAUUUACCGAUCCUAUUUUGAGACUAAUAACGCGAGUUCGUUUUAUUUGUAUCGCAAAUAUAACUCGACAACAUUCGCCGAGGGGAUAAAACGAGCGGCUAAGGAUAGGAAUUUUGCAGUUGUUUCGUCGAGGAGACAAGCCGCUUACGCCGACCAGAGAUUGGGGAAGGGGAAACCGUUGAUCUAUUGCUUUCCUGAGAGCGAUAACCUGUACAAAUACGGGGUUGUUCUGCUGGCUCGGAAAUGGUUUCCGAUGUUGGAGAGAUUCAACACUAUAAUAAGGAGCGUCUCGGAAAACGGCUUGAUUGAUAAAUGGAACCAGGAGUUGUUGAUCCACACCGCGAAUGCUGAAGGGGCAAGCGAGAUAGAACCGUUGAGCAUCCAGCAUCUCUUGGGAGCAUUUAUGUUUAUAGGGUUUAUGUAUGCUGCAAGCAUCGUAGUGUUUAUUUCCGAGAUAUGUAUUGGGGUAUUUCAGAAGUGGAAAGCUAGGAAGAACUGGCAGUCGCUCUAUAAGCAUAUACGAUUUCGUAACGCACAAUAAGAAUUACUUACAGCUAAUUAUAAUGAUAUUACGAGUACACACUCGUACUAAACCAAAAUCUGCCGCACUUG